AACAGUCGGCUAACUUAACUGGCUCUGUCAUCAAUGCCAGUAAGCUGAUAGCCUGUUAAGUUCAAAAUUACGCCAACCUGGCAGUUCUUGUCAUAAAAUUACAUUACGUACAUCAAAUAUUUAUAAAGAUUUUUAUACUUUCAUAUGCGUUUCUUGUAAUUAACUUGUCAAUUCCAAUUGUAUAUGUUUGAAUUGCUUAAAAUUAACACGCAGUAUUGUAACAUCGCGCUGUUAUUAACAGCGGAUUGUUGAUGUUAAGUACUUGAAUGCAAAAACAUAUGUUUUUACACCGCAAACGGAAUUUGGUUAUCAAUUUUUGCAAGUGCAUUAAGUAAAGGGCUGCGCGCCCACAAAAAAGGAGAUAAUAAUAAUAGUGAUAAUAAUAAUAAUGGCUAAUAAGUUUAAUGUAGUGCCUGCUGGCAUGGAGUCUGACGAAGAUGAACUUGAUUGCAUGCUGGCACAUUUGAAGAUUAAGCGAUUAGAAGAUAUUACAACGGGUGCUGGCAUCGAUGGCGACUUUGACGCCACCUUGGACGAAGAUUUCCAAAAUUUCUUUACCGUCUUUCGUGAGAAAUGGAAUAUGCACAGCAAAUGCAAGUCUUCGCCAUAUAUGAGACAGGAUUUGAUCAAAGCGCUAAUGCGGCAUCCCAAUCCCUUGCUAAUGGCACUCAAAAUCUUUGCCAAUUGCCCAGACAGCAGCAAUGUUAAGAACAAAAGUCUAUCGCACUUUGUGCUGGACACCGUUUGCAAACUUCAGGUGGAUUUACCACACCUGAGCGAGCUAUGCGAUGAAAAUACCAGCAUGAUUGCCUUUCAUUUUGUUAAAACAACGGGAUUGCCUUCACUAAAUAAUGCCAUGGUCCAAGCAUAUCGCAUACACCAAAUCAGGGAGCUGCUCGUACCUAAAUUAAAAGAGAUGCUCGACGAAGGGUACUACAAGGAGGUGGCCCAGUGGACUCUCUAUUUGCAGCUAACUCAACAAUUUGAUAUGCUUGAAUUGGCGUUCCCUUUAAUAGCGCAGGAAAAACUACCAUUAGCCGAAGAGUACCUGGAUCAGGCAACGCAGCAGCGAUUGCCUUUUGUACAAUUUCUUGAUUCGCUGCUGCACAGGGAGAAAUCCGUCAUCGAGAUGUGUGAACAGACAUUGAGUCGCUAUAAGAAUCUUAAAGUCUCUCAUCACGUGCUCAGCUAUCGUCCUGUGUCGAAGAUCGUCGCUCGCUUGGCUAAGAAAUAUGGAUUUGACGAUACCGUAACGCCCAAUUAUAAAUUUACAAAGACCUGCAGCUAUCUACAUUACCUGUACCGUGAAUAUGAGAAGCAAAGGAUAAAUAUAGCCAGCUUUCGGGAGCUGGUUAAGGUCCAUGCCUCGGAUUAUGCGCUGCGUGUGGAUUUUGUUAACUAUAUUGCAGCUGCCUCGAUAAACAGUCCCUACGAAUCAGAAGCCAUCUAUUGGUAUAAUGAAUUUAAGAUUCUCAACGAACAUUGUCCACAUGAAAUCAAAUCGUUAAUCACACAAAACUCGGAUACGCAAGCCUGUCGAGUAGUUGAAGAGCAAUCAACAGAGUCGAUCCCUUGUGAAUUGUACCUGGGCAUGGAUCUGCCAGAAGAGUGCCUCAUAAUAGUAGAUUCCUCUCCAAUCUUUAACCAUAUGCUACAGCAUUUGCAGCGUGAGCAAAUCAUCUACCUGGACUCUGAAUGGAUGCAAAGUGUUUGUGCGCAAAACCAACUUUGUCUACUGCAAAUUGCGACCACGUGCAAUGUGUACCUAAUUGAUUGUUUGGCCAGUCGACCAGCCCUGGAGGAGCAACACUGGCGUGCGCUGGGCGCCACGGUCUUUAACAAUCCCAACAUACUCAAAGUGGGCUUUUCCAUGUUGAAUGAUUUGUCGGUGCUCCAACGUUCUUUGCCUCUCCAGCUGCGCCUCCAUAUGCCGCAUCAUUAUCUCGAUCUACGGAACGUUUGGCUAGAGCUAAAGAAAAGGCAAGGAGUCGAACUACCGUUUGGAAAUGUAAAUCGUGCAGGAGAUGCACUCACAGAUCUUUCUAUGUUGUGCCUAGGCAAAAAGCUGAACAAAGCGAAUCAAUGCUCAAAUUGGGCAAAUCGUCCUCUUCGCAGAGAACAAAUACUUUAUGCAGCUAUUGAUGCUCGUUGUUUGCUGUUGAUCUAUGCGUGCCUCUCCAGCUGUGUGCCGGACAUUAAUGUUAUUAUUGAAAAAUGCAUAGCUAGCAAUAAUUUUUUGCGACGCGGCGGGCACAAUCUGAAAUAGUAGAAAUGAGAAAUCUCGGAAGCAGAUACAUCUGUACAUGGAAUAUGCGACAACUAUGUUAAAGUUAUGAGAGUAUUUGAAUUAUAUACACACACAUAUACAUAAACAUACAUAUAUACAAAUACAUAUAUGUAUAAAUCAU